AUGAAGCAGCGCAAGGCGCCGGCGAAAGCCACUGCGCCGGAUGCGGACGACGAGCCCAAGGAUCGCACGUCGCUCUACGGCUCGCUGCUGCGCCGCUUUCCGCUGGCCAUGAACGCCGUCCAGGCCGGCGCGCUGAGCGCGGCGUCCCAGCUGCUGUCGCAGCGGCUCAAGGGCGCGGCGGCGCUCGACUUCGCGCCGGCGCUGCGGUUCGCGCUCAUCAGCGCUUUCGUGGUGACGCCCGUGAGCACGGUCUUCUUUUCCAUCGUCGGCAAGUUCCGGCUCCGGACGCCCGCGUCGCUGGCGCUCGACUUCUUCGUCGGCGGGCCGUUCCUCAACUGCGCCUUCAUCGCCGCGCUCCACGGCCUCCAGGGCCAGGACCUGGCCUUCAUCCUCGGCGUGCUGCGGUCGCGGGCCUUCUGGGUCGACAUGGUCCUCGGCUCGAACAAGGUGUGGCUGCCCGCGAAGGUCGCCAUGUACUCGCUCGUGCCGCCGGAGUACUGGGGGCUCUGGUGCUCCUGCGUCUCCUUCGGCUGGGGCAUCGUCCUCGCGACGAUCGCCUCGAAGAAGAAGAAGGCGAGUGACACGAAUUGGGCCGCGGUCGGCGGCGGCUCGGCCGCCUUCGUCGUCGUUUGGUGCGCGGGCGCGUACAUAAAUUACGGGCGGAUGAACGAGAAGCUGGAGAAGCAGAGCAAGAUCGUCCCGCUCGUCCAGUCCGGACUCGAGACCCCGCUGCCGCUCGACCCGUCGACGCAGGCCGUCGGGACCCCGCUGCCGCUCGACCCGUCGACGCGGGCCGUCGGCGCGCGGGCGUUGCCGGUGGCCCAGGUCGUCGCCGCGAUACCGGGGCCGAAGACCCAGCUCGUCGUCGCGGCGUCCCCCGGCCCGCUCGGAGUCCAUUUCAAGGCGGGGACGGCGGCGGUCGCGGAGCUUUCCCCGGGCUCGCAGCUCGCGGGCGAGGUCGAGAUCGGCGACGUCCUCGAGUCCGUCAACGGACGCCCGGCUACCGCCGCGUCCCUCGCGGCCAGGCGCGGCAUCCUCGAGGAGAACGACGACGGCGAAACGCCGCGGACCCUCGUCUUCGCGCGGCCCGACCGGAGGUUCGCCGUCCACGCGGCGCCGGGCUCCCUCGGCGUCGUCUUCGCCCCCGGCACGACGCGCGUCGGACGCGCUCCCGAACGAGGAAGCGUUCUGGGGCCGGCGCGAUCGCAGCUCUUCGGCUUCGUCGACGAGGGCGACGCGCUCCUCUCCGUGAACGGCCGCCCGGCCGCCGCCGCGAGCCCGGCCGAGGGGGGCGUCCUCGACGAGGAGGACGACGGCGCGCGCGCGCGACUCCUCGUCUUCGAGCGCGGCCCCAAGCAGCGAAACGAGCUCUCGCCCAACGUCGAGUUCGUCAUACGAGCGAAGCCCGGGCCGCUCGGCGUCGUCUUCAAGAACCGGCCAAUCUUCGGGAACGGGCGGCGCCCGCAGCGUCUCCCACACGCUCCCGAAUCGUUCUCGCGAAAGAGCAUCGCGCGCCGCGGCGACCAAUCGCUGUUUCUCGGCGCGCCGAAACCGAUCCCUGUUUCUCGCGGCGAGGACGCGACCAUGGCCGCGACGGAGGACGCCGCCGCCCUGACGACGAACGUCGACGCCCUGGAGGCCGCGGCCGCCGCGCCGCUGCCCGACGAGUCGCAGAUCGAGGCGUCCGCGGAGAAGUCGCCGCCGCGGAGCCCGCGGUCGCGCAAGGCGGACGGCGACAAGCCCGCGCCGAAGCCGCGGCGCGAGAACGGCCUGCGGCGCGGCAAGUGGACCGUCGAGGAGGAGGCCUACGCGAACCGGCUGAUCCACGAGUUCAAGCUCGGCCUGCUGCCGCUCACCGACGGCACGACGCUCCGGACGUUCCUGUCGAAGCUGCUCAACUGCGACCCCAUGCGCAUCUCGAAGAAGUUCGUGGGCUCGAACUGCAUCGGCAAGCAGGUCUUCCGCCGGCGCCAGGCGGACAUGGACCGGCUCACGCCCGACGACAUCAAGCGGAGCCGCUACGAGCUCGCGGAACUGGAGCGCCGGUUCCUCACGCGCGUCGCGCAGAGCCACCGGUCCGCCAAGUCGGGCGGCGCGGGCGCCAAGGGCGUCAAGGGCGGCGACGGCAAGGCCCUGGGCGGCGGGCUCAUGCAGGCCCAGCAGCGGCCCAUGCUCGCGCCGUGGCUCCUGCCGCCGCACGCGGCCGCGGGCGCGCCGACGGUCCGCGCGGGCGCGGGCGCCGUCGCCAUCGCCGCGCCCUACGGCCUGCCGUCCUACGCGGCGCCGCCGCCCGCCGCGGCGCCGCCGCCGCCGCCGCCGCCGAAGCCCGACGCGGACGCGGCGGCCGCGGAGAAGGCGAAGCGCGCGGCGCUCGAGGGCCUGCACCUGCCGUCGCUCCAGUCCGACGCGUCGCUCCAGUCGCUGGGCCUCACGGCGCGCGAGCCGUCCUUCGCGUCCCUCGGCGCCGCCUGGCCGUCGGCGCCGAACCUCGCCCAGGGCUGGCAGAGCUCGAACUCGCUCGCGGGCGACGCGGCCGCGGCCGGCCGGCCGCGCGCGCCGAGCGGCGACGCGGGCCUGAGCUCCUGGCCGUCCUUCUCCCACCUCGUCACGACGGCCGACGACUCGCCGCGGCUCCCGCCCGCGGCGCCGCCCAAGGCCGCGGCGCCGCCGCUCGACAUCGCGGCCGCUGCCAAGCCCGCGGAGGCGCCGCCGCUCGCGCGGCCCGCGCCGCCCGCGCCGCCCGCGCCGCCGGCGGCCGCCGCGCCGCCGCCGCCGCCGCCCGCCGCCGCGGCCCCGCCCGCGGCCGCCGCCGCCGUCGCCGCGCUCGCGUCCCCGCACGGCCGCACGCGCGAGCUGACGCCCGAGCCCGAGGAGCCGACGGCGAAGCGGCGGUCGGAGCCUUCCGCGAAGCGCGAGCGGCCGCCCCACGUGUCGAGCUCCGACGAGGACUCCAACGGCGGCGCCGGCGCGGCCGAGGACCUCGACCCGACGACGCUCGAGCAGCAGCGCAAGGACGUGCGCCGCGAGCGCAACCGGCAGCACGCGCGCGUCUCGCGAGAGCGCAAGCGCCAGAAGCUCGAGCACCUCCAGGAGGAGAACGACGCGCUCCGCCGCCAGGAGGCCGCCCUGAUGGACCAGCGCGACCGCAUCAACGCGCGCCUCCUGCGCGUCGAGUACGAGAACCGCGCGCUCCGCGCCUGGAUCCAGAACCACGCGGGCGACGGCGCGCCGCCGCCGCCGCCGGCCGCCGACGACGACGAGGCGAGCCGGCCCGUGCCCGACCACUGA